AUGAUCAGCUCUACCAAGCUCAUUCCCCUUCUCCCGUUCCUAGGCCUACUCACCUUUUCCUCCGCCACAGCUGUCACUAGCUCUGGCCAUGCCCUACAUUUCAGCUGGGGCCCACAGGUCGCACUCGCCAAGGUCGGCUGGCAGUCUGCCAACAAGGCGCAAGUGGAUGCGCGUCAGCCUGGUUCCUCAUACGAGAUGUACUACAACUCUCCCGACCUCAGCAGGGUCGGCUUUGUUCUGCCUUGGAACGGACCUGAGGAGUUGGGGUGGGAUGAAGGGCUGACCGAGGGCGUGUACGAGAAUGCGGAGGGUGUCGGGGUGCCGGUGUACGUUCUUUCGAUGGCGAUGCUGUUCAAGCCCCUUGACCCGGCCGAUACCAGGUACUGGACCUGCAACAUCAGUAGGACGAACAUACUCGACGCUCCGUUUGAGCCCGCACAGGUGGAAGACCGAGCCUUUGCUUUCAACCCGGAGGCACCGGCCUGGGUCCUCCCCGAGGUCACGACGGUGGCGAAUGUCAGGACGGAAUGUGUGCCUGGCAGAGUUGGCACGUCUUUGGAGGAGAAGGUGGUCGCAGCCGCUUGA